AUGUAUAUAUUAAGAAUGUCUAAAAGUAAAGAAAAACAGAAAAAGAUAAUGGCUCCAAGAACUAACAUCAACCAGAAUGCACGUACCAAUGGAUCAACAUCUAGGCCAUUGAUCAACGCAGUCAACACUGGCCGUAUAGGAUCGUCAAAUCUAAUGAUUGCUCCUAGACCAGAAAAUAUGUCAAUUCCAGUGUCAGAUUUUAAUGAUGUAGUCAGUCUUCUUGCUACACUCAAUGACAAAAUGACAGAUGUUAGUUCCGAUGUUAGUGAAUUGAAAGUACAAUGCCAGGUGGGUGCUCAAUCAACUGGCAUGCAAGCUGUUCUGGAUUCUGAUAUGGAUCCUCAGGACAUCAUAAACAGCUCAAGACACCCAAAGAUCUCAAAUAUUAUUUGGGGGCGGUUAAGAGAUAUUAAUUUUAAGACAGAUGAUUUGGAGUUGAUCAGAGAGAAUGAUGAUAAACCAACUUGGGAUGUCAAUGUUGGUUUGUCUGAUGAGUUUAACAAGAAUCUUGCAAGUGAAUUGAUGCUUUACAUUCGUCGUCAACCUGUAGCAGCCAUGAUACCACCAAAAGAGCUAUGUGGUAUAAUUCUUAAUAAAAAGAGAAAAAGAACAUACACAAAGCAUAAGGAUGCCGGCACUGAAAAGUUUAAUUGGGAUUAUAAUGGCGUUUUUUACAGAGACGCAAUGUCUGGUGAUGAGACAGAAACCAAUACUUCUGUUGUUGCAUCUCGUCCUGAUUGGCGUAGUGAUGAGAUAAUGUUUUAUAUAAAAUGGUUUUUCUGUUGUUUGAUUCCUGAUCUUGCCAGAGAUGACUUGGGAAAAAGAGCAACGCAGUUGAAGUCGCAGAGUCAUGUGUUAAUACACAAGACAAUUCCUCGUGGCUUGGUCACAAAAAUGUCUGCGUGGUCAAAACGCAUAUAA